CAGAGAUCAUCAUGGAACCGCACGUUAUGCCGAAGAAUGAUAAGACACGGAGAAGAUUGCAGCUAAUUCGCACACAACAAGGCCAGCAUGUCUAUUUUCAGUGUCCUGUGAUUGUCAACAAAGGGGAUGUUAUAUAUCUACCGUGGCAUACCCACUUUGGAGUGUCCGUCACCGCACUCUACACUGCAACUGCGGACAAUCCAAUCUUCACAAUUCGCUUCAUUCAUCGUGACAAUAGACGCAUCUUCCUCGAAGUGCAACUGAAGUGGGACGAAUCCACCGAGUGGGUUGCAACCUAUCCCAGCUACGGCACUAAUCCUGCAGCUGGUCCUAACAUCCCAGUGAAAAGAGGAGAACACAUCCUCGUGGAGUUUAAUGUCAUAAAGUUCCGAAACGGAACGUUCAAGUUCUCGGUCUAUCUCAACGACACAGAGCUAGGAGGUUACGAUCUUUACGACAAGCUGACAGACUACACAUACGUGGAAGUAUCCAAUCUAAGCCUGAAUGAGUUCCAUUACGUUGCGUUGCCGACUUGUCCAGUGGACUAUGUGUACACAGACCGGAGAAUACAUAGAAAACAGCCAUGGAGCCCAGGAGGGAUCUACGCUGGAUCAGUGGCGAGAAUUAAUGGAAUUGCAGAAGCUCAGGAGUUGUCGCUCAUCUACAAGCAGGACCAGAAGUGCCAUACGCUAUCCAUUGGAAGAGCUACAAUCGGCGCUUCACUAGACAUUGUAGCGAGAUUUUUUAGCACGACCGCGAUGAUCUUCGUGAGCGUUCAGUCAUCGCCUCAUACCUACGACCACCAAGCUCCCAUCAACAAGGGAGUGAUGGAGAUUGUGGGCCUGAAAGUGAUGGACUUCAGUCUGGAUACAGGCGUGAUGUCCUGCCCAGUACCGUUGAUAAAGGUCAACGAAUGAACUGCUCCAGGCUAAGCAAAGUGAGUCUUGGAUCGUGGACAAGGAGCAAGAACCGUCCUGGGGAACAAGGGUUUGUGUUAGUCGUUUUUCGUAACCUAAAUAAAGAUACUUUGUUUUC